UUGGAACAUGUUGAGCAAAAGAACCAAGUUGAUAAAAAGAACCAAGAGCCAAAAAAACCGCAAAAGUUUAAGUUAAUAACUUCUACCAUCUGGUUAAUACUACAACUUAUAUUUAAUUGUGAACCCAUCACAGCGUUUUUCCGAAAAUUAUAAAUGGCGGCGUCGCCGGUAUUAUUGGAGUGGCAUGCGUCUUUCCACUGGACAUGGUUAAGACGCGACUGCAAAACCAGCCAAUAGGUCCCAAUGGAGAGCGCAUGUACACCAGCAUGUGACGCCGACUGUUUCCGAAAGACUAUCGCCAGCGAAGGCUACUUUGGAAUGUACAGAGGCUCAGCGGUGAACAUCGUGCUGGUAACGCCCGAGAAAGCCAUCAAGUUGACUGCCAAUGACUUCUUUCGGUAUCAUCUGGCUUCCGAUGACGGGGUUAUUCCGUUGACGCGGGCUACAUUGGCCGGCGGCCUGGCCGGGCUCUUUCAGAUCGUGGUCACCACGCCCAUGGAGCUCCUCAAGAUACAGAUGCAGGACUCGGGGCGGUUGGCUGCGGCCGACCGAGCGGCAGGACGAGAGGUGAAAAAAACAACGGCCUUGGGCCUGACCAAGACGCUACUUCGUGAGCGUGGAAUCUUCGGCUUGUACAAGGGUGUGGGCGCCACUGGUGUGCGGGACAUCACGUUCUCGAUGGUGUACUUUCCGUUAAUGGCCUGGAUAAAUGACCAAGGUCCACGCAAGUCGGAUGGUUCUGGGGAAGCGGUUUUCUACUGGUCUUUGAUAGCUGGACUCGUGUCCGGAAUGACUUCUGCCUUUAUGGUCACCCCUUUUGAUGUGGUCAAGACUCGUCUGCAGGCCGAUGGCGAGAAGAAGUUCAAAGGCAUCAUGGAUUGUGUGAAUAGGACCCUUAAGGAAGAGGGCAUGCAGGCAUUCUUUAAGGGCGGUCUAUGUCGGAUUAUGGUGCUGGCUCCACUGUUUGGAAUCGCGCAAAUGUUUUACUUUUUAGGUGUGGGCGAAAAGAUUCUGGGCAUCGAGCGAACGAAAUCUGUGUAACUUAUAAUUAAAGGUCUCUUCCCCUU